CUCACCCCCGCCCCAAGAAACUUUCAGAGAUUGCUACACACCUUCAUUGUGCUUUGUCUCCGUCCUCAGCCAACAUAAGCACUAGCUAUGUCAGUAGUUACAUAUCCACGUGAGAAUUCUGUUUCUGACAUCACUGCAGUAAAGAAAAUGGUUAAUCCGCUAAACUGAAGAUAGUUGGAUUCACAGGAAAGAAAGGAGACGUCUGUGUUAGCCAAGAUGAGAGCCACACAAGAGACCCAGGGAGCUUCAGAGACCCUGCAGGGUGAAAUUCACAAGCAGAACAGUAAAACAGAGACGCAAGAGCAAAAAGAAGACAAACUCAGAGCGUCCCCUACGAGACAUCGGUCUUCAGUACAUUUUUUCUCAAAGAAGAUAGACUCACAACCCAUGACACUACCCAUGUCACAGUCCGUGUCCUCUGGAAUGUCCCUGAGUUACUACCUGUCCAGUAAAGUAACCCUGUCAACGGGGCCGCCAUUGACUUCAAAAUCAACUGUAAUGAGCUCUUCCCAAACAGACAACAUGCUCGGAAACAGCAGCAUGCUGCUUUCAAAGAACCAAAUCUUUGAUCCUGAGUCAUCAGUAGCUGGAGAUGGAGAGGAUUAUUUCCUUUCUUUGUUUGGUGAUCCCAAGAAACUUAUUGCACGCUCAACCUAUGCCAAGGAUCCUAACAAACAUUUCUCCGCAAUUCUUGAAGAAGUUGGUAAAUCUAUAUCCAGUGCUCUAGCAGACAUUAAAAUAGCUGAAGUGGAUGUCAAGGGCUUGUUUGUGAAGCUCACCAACUCUUCUCCUGACAAAGAAGUGGAGAUUGGGAAUUGUAGCCUCCAACAAAACGUGAAAGGGCAGGCACUGUCUCUGUACCGAUUCCCCCCAAAUGUCGUGAUGCAGGCCGAUUCCACAGUAACGGUGUGGGCAGGAGCGUCCAACGGAAAGCACCAGCCACCAUCUGAUUUUCUCUGGAAGGAACAAAACAUGUUUAGAACAAGUCCAAACUGCACAACAAUCCUGUGCAGACCUAACGGUGAGGCCGUUGCCUGGUACACUCCUAUACACUGGAAGCAGGUGUGGGAAAAAUUAGGCACCGACAUCGAAUUUCACAGACGGUCAGUAGUAAUGCCUACCUUCCGAAAGCACAUGGUUUUAUGGACAACAUCUGCCAGCACGAUCAGUGAAGGGAAACAGGAUCAAGCUAAGGAAGACACCUCAAAGUGUGACCUAAAACAGGCGCAGAUUCUUCGGAGAGAAAAGGAAGCGCCACCGACCCUUUUGCCCAACCGCAGUCCGUGGUGCAGCAGUCCCUGUACCCCUGGGCAUCCCUACUGCUCCCUGAUUAACCACGAUGGAUGCACCACCCCCGGAAGCAGUUCACAGCCACAGCACGGGGCUCAGUCCCCCAGGGCUGACCAGCCUCAGCUGCCAUGAACUGUGGCCCCACCAUGCCACACUGCCUUGGAGCCAACUGGGUGAGGAUUGCCACCUCCAAAAACUCCACCAUGAACUGUGGCCCCGCCAUGCCACCCUGCCUUGGAGCCAGCUGGGUGAGGACUGCCACCUCCAAAAACUGUAAGAAAUAAACCUUUCCUUUCUCAA